UAUGAAUCUUAUGAACGAUGACGAUGCUGGGUUUGUGAUACCAAGAUCUGAUGGAGUAUGUUCCGCUUUGCCCGCGCUUGUGCUGCCUGUGUGAUCAAUCCUCGAGUUCUAGUCGGUGUACUGCUGCCUAGCUUGGUACUUUGGUCCAUAUAUUCGACCUACACACGUGAGCUGCUCAAGAUUCUGGUCAUACAAGCCAGCAUUGAUGUUGACUCAACCAAUUCUGCAGGUGGAUCAGGUGGCAUGACUGGUGGUCUUGAGACCGGCGCUCGAGAUGAUCCUUACAUGAAUAUCACAGGUGCCAACAUGGCUUCUAUUUCUACCAGUCUCACUCCCUCUGACGACAAUUUCGAGAGGUUUUUUUUCCAAGAGUCGUUCCACGAGCACACCCUUUGCUUUGGGUAAUCUCACCCCGUCAACGGAGGGUAUCCCAUCCACAGGUGACUCCACCGGUGACUCCACCGGUGACUCCUUUGAGUCGCCAACAUCCAAGCUGCGAGUGGCCGUGUUUAUGACGACUCAUUGGAACAAGCAACAUCGGAAGUAUCUCGCUUGCUGGGAGCUUGCUACAAAGAAGCUUCAGCUCUUGAAGGAGGCAGAUUUGGUGCUAUACACUUCCACAGCGUUGACCAAAGAAGAACUCAAACAAUUUCACUUUCGCACCAUUACAGUGCGGAUGUAUGACAACCCUGGCUACCAGAUUGGAGCUGUCCAAGCAUUUAAAGAUGGCUUUGGGUCGAAAGGUGUAGCAGAAAAGUGGUUCGCUGAAUAUGACUGGGUGGUUCGAGUGAACCCAGACGUUCUAAUAUUUGAUGACCAAUGGCUGCUUGAAACUAUGCAGAACUCCUCGAUUGACGGGAUGUUUCAGAACUGCGGCAACUGCAGAGUGCACAGUGACUUUUUCGUACUUCGUCCGAGUGCAGUGAAUCAUACCCUGGUUGACACCGCGAAGGAUAUAAAUGCGGAGCAACAUUUGACCUUCAGCCUGGUCAACAUUUUGAAGGUGUCCCAGCGGUGGGUUUGGAUAGAGGGUGGACAGCCGGCGAAACCUCAGGGUUGCCGAAUCACUGGAAGCCGUUCACCAGCUGUACACAAUCACUCCCUGGCAAACUACUGCCCAGAUUAUUUUCGCGUGCGUGAUGAGCAGCUUCCAAGAGGGAAAGGGCACUUGCCAUGGGGGAAAGCUGAAUGCGGGAAUCAAUGAAGAACAUCCUCGAUUCGUUUUGCCAAGACACGGCUUCAGAUCAAUCAGGGACCAACAGUUAGUAACAAAUGUCAGGCACAGACUCGCCACAUCUCUUUGAGAGAAGCCGCGGUCUUCCAUUCUUUGAGAGGCGCUAGAGCCCUGACGCCUCCGUGCUGGACACUGGUUUGCUUGCUCGUAGCUGGAUCGAAGACUCACCCUGGAAUAGACCACAUUGCGACCUGAAAGUGAGGGCUGGACGGUUGAACAGAACAGAUCAUAAAGUAUGGCUGAAACCAGGGUCUUGGGAUGCAGCAAGGUCGUUAGCAUAAGCCAGACAAAUGCUCUAUUUAAUGCAGCAGAACCUGAAAGAAGCAAUAGCACAAUCCGUUCAAGCACAGAGGUCAGCGUGAUCUACGGGUGACCCUUAUGGGCCUGGACAAUCUGGACCACCAGACACCAAAGUGGAUGCUGGGGUUAGAUACCACAUUGUUUUCCCAGGUACAACAUGAUAGCCAGUAGCGCUGUUUUCUGAGAAACUGACAGCGCCACUACUUGGAUACCAGACGUAAGCCAGACGUACAAC